AAAAGAGAAAAUAUUUUUAAAACAAAUUCACGAACAAAAAAAUUUGGAAUCAUGCAAUUAAAAUAUUUGUUGUUAAUUUUCUUCUUUACAAUUGUUUUAGCGAAUGCAGAACCACAAAACUUUAAACGUGAUGCGUUAGCAGAACCACAAGAAUAUAAACGUGAUGCGGUUGCAGAACCACAAAGCUUUAAACGUGAUGCAGUUGCAGAACCACAAGAAUUUAAACGUGAUGCGGUUGCAGAACCACAAGGCUUCAACGCUGCAGUAAUAUAAAAUUUCAGUUGAUACAAGUUAAACAAUUGAAUUAUAAUUAUACUAUUUUUAAAAUUAUUUUAUUAUGAUAUAAAGUAUUCCCUCACUUGAUGUAAACAAAAUAUUUGUAUUAUUUCAUAAAUAAAAUAAACUAUUAGCUAAUUCUUUUAAUUUCAAA